UUUUCUUCCUCCAUUGUCUUUUCUCUCGCUGAGAAGUGUCCACUCAUUUUUUAUGGCCUGUAUGACUGACAGGAGCUCAUCCAUGAGUGCUUCUGUUUUCUUCCUUGGAAGACUUCAAACACAAAUCAGUCAUGAGCUCCAGCUUGGUCAACUCUUUAGCCAGAAUGUAUGAUCCCAAACCGCUUCACGGUCAGAAGCCCGCUGGCCGAAAGCUCUCGCUCAACGGAUUAGACAAGUGCCCGGCGGCUACUUGCGCUUCCCCCUGCCACCACGUCGCUUCGCUGCGCCGCAUCGAGAGCCGCAUCGACUCGUUGGCCUGCCAGAUGGAGAGUUUGCUCGGCGUGCAGCAGGCCGUCCUGACCCGACUGGACGCUUUGUCCCGCGACGUGAGAGGGAUGGAGCGAAGCCGGGCGUCGAUGAGCGAGGAGGCCCCCCGCGAUGCUGACGCCCGAGCGGGCGAGGUCUCCCAAGUCGCGCUGGUGUGCGGGCAGUUGUUGGGGGCGGCGGAGAGGGUCGGCGAGCAAAUGGACAGUCAGGGCCGUAGGCUGGACGCGCUGGAAAAAGUGGCGGAGGGCACCCAGCAGGUGAUCGGCUUCAUCGGCGACGUGGUGAAGAGCUCCCGGCUGAUGAGGCUUCUCUUUAAAAAGCCCGCCAGCCCUUUCAAACCCAAGGGAAAAGACGACAAGGAGAAAGGAAAACUGAACCCGAAAGCCCAGAAGAAGAGGAGGUCCCUGGAAACUUCAGAAGACACACUGAGCGGAUCGGUUCUGCCAGAGCAGGUGGCGAAACUCAACCAGAAGAACAUCGACCAUUCUCAUGGAAACAACAAAGCCGAGGACGGGGAAAACGGACGACAUCUCGACUCGUCCGCCUUGAUUCUGAACGAUUCCAAUAAGGAGAGUGAAGAGAUCUUUGACGACUCGGGCCCUGACGAAGAGGUUGAAUUCGACAUCAAUUCGGCGGAUUUCAAUCCAGAGAAGAGCGACGAUGAGCGAGAUGAACGGAGUAACUCGGAAGAAGCAGACGUUUCUUCCCAGACCGCCACGACGACUCCUAUCGUUAAAACCGAGAGCUCUGACGACGUCGGUAUCGACGCGGACGCCUGCGAUCUUAAAAAGAGUCGCGUGGAAGGCGGUCAAGAUCCGAAUGCCGACGCAGUCGUGUUGGAGACGGAGACCACCGAACGCGCCGACUCGGAUGCGGUCCGCGCGGAGGCCGAACGGGGAAACAACCAGCGGUCUGAUGUGAAGGAAUUCCUCAUCGACUCCAGUCCUCCGCCGUCGGCGCCUUUCGAUCAUCGCAUCGUCACUCCCAAACCUCAUCAAAUUGCGGCCUACUACUCCAUCAACAGAGACGAGGUCCUGGGAGGGGGACGUUUUGGCCAGGUCCACAAGUGUAUCGAGAACUCAUCCGGCCUAACGUUGGCCGCCAAGAUCAUUAAGGCCAGGAGCCAGAAGGAAAAGGACGUGGUGAGGAACGAGAUCCAGGUGAUGAACCAGCUCAAUCACUGCAACCUCAUCCAGCUCUACGCGGCCUUUGAGUCUCGUCACGACAUCAUUCUGGUCAUGGAGUACGUCGAGGGGGGCGAACUGUUUGACCGCAUCAUCGACGAGAACUGCAACCUGACUGAGUUUGACACGGUGCUGUUUAUCCGGCAAAUCUGCGAGGGACUGCAAUACAUGCACCGAAUGUACAUACUACAUCUCGACCUCAAGCCAGAGAACAUUCUUUGUGUCAGCAGAGCAACAAACAAGAUUAAAAUAAUCGAUUUUGGUCUCGCCCGGAGGUAUAAACCUCGAGAGAAGCUGAAGGUCAACUUCGGAACGCCCGAGUUUUUGGCCCCAGAAGUCAUCAACUAUGAGUUUGUUUCCUUCCCGACAGACAUGUGGAGCCUCGGCGUCAUCACUUACAUGCUACUCAGCGGCUUGUCUCCUUUCCUCGGGGAUGACGACAACGAGACUCUCAACAACAUCCUGGCCUGUCAGUGGAACUUUGAGGAGGAAGAGUUCACAGACGUUUCGGAAGAGGCCAAAGACUUCAUCACACGUUUGCUGGUCAAGAGCAAAAGCUGGAGGAUGAGCGCGACGGAAGCUCUCAGACACCCCUGGCUGGCAGACCAAAGGCUGCACUAUCAGUUACAUGUGAAGAAAGACAAAUGUCAGCCCACAGCACCGCCCUCGCCAGAGUCCUAGAGAGAAACUCUGCGAGGCCGCCAGCAGGCCUUCGGACUAUGUCGGGCCCCGGCGCCCAACACUGACUGGACCAAUGCCGCUGUACCUGUAUGGUUACGGAAUCUCGACUCUCUGCUGAGCUUCCCCACCGCAUUAGCUUGGUACAGUCGCUCGGGACAGCCGAUCUGUCGUCGACUUCAUUGAGACCGGAACAAGAAAUGGGUCAAUUUAUCAUUCGAGGUACAAAGUGUAAGAAGAUAAAAGCGAAGUCGAAAUACCGCACCGAUAUGACAUGGGGGGGGGGGACCCUGUAGCCCAAAACGGAGCGCUCAAAUGGAUUUUAUUGUCAGGAACGCAUCGUAUUUGGUAAAGAAAUGUCAAUAUAACCCUUCCGGGGACAGCGGCGAUCACGGUGGACAUCUUAUCAUGUUGUCACGUUCAAGUACUCCCCAAAAAAAUGGACUCCUUAGCAACGGCUGUGUGUACCGGUAAUUCCCAGAAAUAAUCAACCCCCACUUUUUUUUUCCCAUAACAUGACAUGCCAAAUUUUCGUAGCCAUAUACAAACAAGAUCUUGUUAAAAAAAAACACUUUUGGUUCUAAAAAAAAAAACUUUCAGCGUUUGCCCAGCAUUUGUUUACUCCACCAGGGAUUGCAUUACUGCCUCCUGGUGGUCCACACGUGUAAUGACAACUUUUGAAAUUAAAUCUAAGGCUGAAGGAAACCCCCAAAACUUUGUGCUGACACCAGACUUAUUUUUUUCUUUUUUUGAAUGCAUAGCAGCAGCUGCUUAGGUUGGUUGAUUUUUGGACUUUGGGUGUGAUGAAGAUGUCACCGCACAAUUUUUCGAAAUUGCUCAAAAAUCAGAGCAAUUCCAAGCGGGCACUGAUCGUGACUUCUUUUUCCGGUGUUUGAAUCACAACUGUGAUAAUGGAUCAUUUUCACAUGGUCAACGAAACGCGGCCGCCCGACUUGCGAUCGGUUUUGCGUCGGAGGGUCACACCGGAUGUAUCAUUCAGGAUUUUAAUUGCAGCGACAAAAUGAACGCGGACGGAUGAUGACAGAUUGUUUUAGAUUCCGCCACGUUCGAUAGACAAAAAAUGAUUUACUGUCUUUUUGCAUGCAUGGCACUUUUUUUUUCCCCCCUCCAACCCUUAGUUACAAAAUAACUUAUUACUUCCUGUCCAUCAACAGUUAUAUUUUGGAGAAGACAUGUUACUUUCUUUUAUGUUCAAGUCUUAUUUUGUGAAUAACUUUGAACACAUCGAUCUUGUUGAACACGUCGUUUUGUACAUUACACGUAUUGCACAAAAAUCUCUCAAUGUCAGAUCGCACACGUACGCUACUUUUCUUGCCAUUUCCUUUCACGCCGCUGGAUGCCCUUUGCUUUGACAGUCUGGAGUAGGCAGCCCCCCCAUUCUCACCUUCCAUGAAGGCGUAACACAAACUACACAAAACUACCUAUAAAUGUUUCAUGUUGCUGACUGCUGUUGAUUUUGAUGUCGGUUUCUUUACUGCUUUCGACACCAGGCUGUACUUGAAGCGCCCUGGUUUCUCUCAUUUCUGCACAUUUAGUGAGAGGUUGGUUAAAAUGGAGGAGUCCAACCUCGAGAUUCUGUGCCGCGUAGAUUUUGGCCAGGUCAACAGUCUUGACCGGAAUGCAAUCAGUGGAAAGGCAGCGGCUGCCCUUCAUUCUUGUUAUUCGAUCUUUUGAUUCAGGCUUGGCAUGUUUCUUAUUGGGGGGGUGGACAUGCCACCUCCUCGGUCAUGUCUCUUUCUGUUAUCAUGUUUUGCUUGGCUUGUGGAGAUUGUUGACCAUCGCAUCUUUAUGUGAGAGGACUGUAUGUGAGAGGACGGUUCCACUGUGAACUGUGAAAGCUUUUGACAUUGAGAAUGGUUGUUUCAUGUUACAACAAUUGUUUUGUGUAAUUAUAUGAAUGAAAAUAGAAACUGUAUAAAUGAAAGCACAAAUAAAGUACACUGAUGUAGUCGUGUUGUGGAUUGAUAUACGGAAAUCGACGCAAGAGGUCUCUUGGGAGAUCACCGAUGAGUGGAAAGCUGCUGUCCACAUCAAAUUAUACGUAACUCUGAACCGGAAACGAUCUUUCCACACAAUUUGAAAAGAUUUAAAAGAAAAACAUCAAUAUAAACUUUAUAUGGAAACGAGUACACAUUCAUUUAAAAAAUGCUAAAACAACAGCGGGGCCAGUAGUUCGGACUGCAUUGCACAAAUCAAUCCACAAGGCGUCACUGUUGUUUCGGUUGUUGAACGACA